AGUUGUCAUCUACAGCUGAUUCUGACUUGUGAUUGGCAUAAAAACACGUAAAGAUAGGUUAAUAGUUUUUGUCAAAGUUUUUUUCGUCCAAGUUAAACAUGGAGCAGCCUCAGUUUACGGUUUUUAAAACAGUGCUAGCUUAUUCAGCGUUCAUUCUAGCUUCGCCAGUCAUAGCGUUUUUUGUCACCAAGUUCCUGUUCUUUGAAGGGCUUCUAGGGAUUUCAAGUACAGCCAGCAACGUUUGGUCGGCCGUUCUGGCCGUGGUUGUGCUCCACAUUGCAUUGGGGAUGUACAUUUAUCGGGCGUACUCGGAUGGGGACAAGCCCAAAACAAAACCAACCGACAAAGUGGACUAGUCAUGUGAUUUCAGUUCAAUAUUUCGUAUUUCCACACCUUUAGUGUCUAAGAUAUCAACUGUGAUUGUACAAUACGGCCCUCACUAAGCCCCCAAAUUUGUUCAGUCACUGCAUUUCAACAUGUCGAGGAUUCUUAGAGAAUUAGUCUUCUGGAAGUAGGCCGUAAGGUGUCUGCAUCUCAUUCGUUACAUGUGUAAGGCUUGUUAGUGUUACAGUUUUUUUUUAUAAUAUACAUUUUGAACAAC